AUGGAUUCGAUGCCCACACCCCCACCGGAGCGAGGCUCUUCGCCAGAGCCGUGGGCCACGCCAGCCCUCGCACUGAACGCGGUGCCUCAGCUCGAUCGCUCCGUAUCGACAGCUUCGAGCGUGUCUUCUCACUCGGGUCGAUCGGUGAGCUCGCGACUUUCAGAGAGUGGAAUCCCGGGCAAGAGGCGAGGCUACAUGAGACCGGAAGGCACACAGUUUUCGGAUUCGGCGAAAAACAGGGAAAGCGUCAUGAACCUAGGAACGAUCGCGCAUCUGCAAUACUACUUUGCUCGGACCGGGCUGCUGGAUACAGCUACGGGACGCGUCGCAAAGUCGAGGAAGCCAGGUUCGAGGUCUCCUGGUGGGACCGAGGCGGAAGUCGACAUGUCCAUACUGUCGCCAGUAUCGCCUUCUCUAGCAGCGUACGAUUUUGGCGAUAGCCUAGUCGAAUCGCCUCAGGAUGAGACUGCUUCUAUGGACUGGGAGGGUGGCGAGCCCAUGAUGCUCCCACCCACUGUCAGCACCUACAAGCAGAACCCCGUAUACGUUCCUCCGCCUCCAGACAUGACCGUCCUGCGCCGGGAACUGCGCGAGUCUCUCGAUGAAGCUAGCAAGCACCUGCAAGAAUUGGAGAAGCGCUUUACCGGUGAUGACCCCUUGGAGAGCGGGGGCUCAGGUCCACGCUCAGCUGAUGCGGCAGGGUGGCACGAGAUUCAGGGCCUCAACCUUCUGGAUGUCACAACUUUGGCUAUCAGAGCUGCCAAAAACUACUACACCGCGCAUGAGGAGCCCCAACGGUUGUAUGCUAUCAAGACCGAACGCGACAUCCGCAAAGAGCUGUACGAGGUGUUAGAGGUCCUGAAACGCCUGGCAAUACGCAAUUUCGCCAAUGGAGUGCAGCCUUACGAAGUUGCACAGAUCAGACAGUGGAUUGCGAGCAUCAGCGACCUGCUCGACGCAGAGGAAGAGAAGGAGAGACUGGAGCACGCACAGAGAGAAAGCUGGGCGUGGCGUGAGGGCGACUGGUCAGGUCGAGAGCGCGAAAGGGAGUUGUUGUUUCUAAAAUCUUUCGACAACACCACCGACUCUCUGCCUGACUGGACAGAGCCAACGGAGAGCGAGCCCCAGACACCGUUUCUCCUUGCCUUACAGAAUGGACUACGCCUCGUCCACCUGCACAACAGCCUAGUGAGGAAGUCACGUCGCCACUUUGAGGAGAUCAAGCAAUACCACACCGACACAGCGAAGCCAUACCGAUGUGCCGAUAAUCUGAGGUACUGGGCCAAGGCUGCCGAGCUACGUUGGGAUAUUAAGCUGGAUGUCGACGUACUUGGCGUGGUCCAGGGCAAGGAUGCCGCGGUGUGGAAGAAGUUCGAUGCCGCUGUCCUGCAGUGGUGCCAAGGCGUACGAGAGGAGAUCACAUGUGAGUGGUUGAAGCAGAAGAACCAAAUACGAGCACCGACGCUGCACAUCCGCAACCCGAGCUGCGAGGGUUUGUGA